CGCCUUUGAAUCCUGGAGGCGGUCUUUGCGUUCUGGAGCCCGAGUGUUCAGACACGGAGGUUCUCAAGGCGAAGAGGCGCGCCACUGGGAUUGCGUUGCAGACACAGACAUGUUCUGGAAUACUGUGACCAGCCAGGUCUACCCAAGUAUAUGUGCUGCUGAAUAGAGCAUCCCGUCUGCCUUUAGGACUUAUGAGUCUUUUGUACACAACUUAGGCCUACUACAGGCCAGUCAUCUGAUUUUUUGCAAAGCCUGAACAUGUAUACAGUGAUGACAACUCAAAGGAAUACUAGAAGCUCCCAGCUACGAAACAGAAUUUCUCAAGGCAGUAAUAGUUCCCAGACCAAUCUCUUAGCCUGGAAGGUAAAUAAAGGGAAAGAAAGCCAUUCAGUGGAAGAUUCUACAUCUGCUGAUGAUCAAGCUGAAGAUGACUUGCAUAAGGCAGUAGAAUACUUUCAGAAAGGUCCCAAGAAAGCCUCGCUGAAUAAAGAUACAGUCUUGGAAAAACACUUGAAAUCUGUGGAAAAUGUGGCUUGGAAAAAUGGCUUAACUUCAGAAGCAAUUGAUGUUUUAUUAAGUGUGGCACUCAGUGGCAAGUUUGGGAAUGCUAUAAACACACGGAUAUUGAAGUGCAUGAUUCCAGAAACUCUCAUAUCUGAAGAUUCUGUGGUUAAGGCGGUGUCCUGGCUCUGUGUUGGCAAGUGUUCUGGUAAUACCAAGGUCCUUUUUUAUCGUUGGCUGGUUGCAAUGUUUGACUUUAUCGAUCAUAAGAAGCAAAUUAAUUUGCUCUAUGGCUUCUUUUUUGCUUCAUUGCAAGAUGAUGCUCUGUGCCCCUAUGUUUGCCAUUUGUUAUAUUUACUGACUAAAAAAGAGAAUGUCAAGCCAUUUCGUGUGAGAAAAUUGCUUGAUCUUCAGGUCAAAAUGGGAAUGCAGCCUCACCUCCAGGCUUUGUUGUCGCUGUAUAAGUUCUUUGCUCCUACUUUGAUUUCUGUAUCUUUGCCUGUAAGGAGGAAGAUCUAUUUUAAUAAUUCAAAGAAUCUUUGGGCUUCAGCUCUGCCUGCCAUGAAGCUAAGAAACCAAGGAGCAUUUCCAGAACCUCCAAAGCUGACAUUAGGUCCAACUAAGGGCUGCUCUCUAAAAAGAAAAUGGAGUUCUCACUCAGUUAUACCAGCACUAAAUUCUGCUAACAUAGGAUGUGGGGAAAAGAAGAGUCUCUCGGAUUUUCUUAGCAGUGAAAGAUCACUCCCACUAGAACAGCUUCAAAGUUUCCCUCAACUUUUACAGAACAUUCAUUGCUUAGAGCUGCCUUCUCAGAUGAUCUCAGUGCUAAACAACUCUCUGCUACUUCACUAUAUUAACUGUGUCAAAGAUGAUUCAAUCUUACUGAGGCUCUAUUAUUGGCUGAGUCAAACAUUACAAGAAGAAUGUAUAUGGUAUAAUAUAAAUAAUUAUGAACAAGAAAAAGAAUUUACAGACUUCCUGGACAUUGUCAUCAGGGUGCAAUGCUUCUUACAAGAGGGGUUUUACUCCUGUGAAGCAUUCCUGUAUAAGAGCCUGCCUCUCUGGGAUGGCUUCUCUUGUCGGUCACAGUUCCUUCAGCUUCUGGCCUGGAUUCCAUUCAGUAGCUUCUAUGAGGUGAAGCCACUUCUUUUUGACCAUCUAGCUCCUCUCUUCUUUACAUCAACCAUUUAUUUCAAGUGUAGUGUUCUACAAAGUCUGAAAGAACUACUGCAGAAUUGGCUGCUGUGGCUUUCUAUGGAUGCCCACGUGCAACCGGUGACAAGCAGUCCUCUGGAGACAACUUUGGGUGGAUCCAUGAACUCUGUGUCUCAGUUGAUUGAUUAUGUAGGCUGGCUGUCCAUGAUUGCAAUACGCUUGGAGAGCAACAGUACAUUGUUGUUGCACUUUAUUUUGGACUUCUAUGAGAAGGUGUGCGACAUAUAUAUAAGUUAUGAUCUUCCAUUACUGGUGUUGUUUCCUCCUGUGAUCUUCCAUUCUGCACUCCUAAGCCUGGAUGCCAGUAUCUUGAACCAACUUUGUUACAUUAUAUUCAGGUAUCGCAAUAAUUUGACAGCUGCAAAGAAAAACAACCUUUUAAAGAAGGAAAAAUCAGAGUUCAGUCUUAGCAGCAACAUCUGUCAAGAAUUUAAUUACUAUUUGACAGUUAUGGUUCAGUGCUUAUGGAUGUCCACACCAUUUGAAGGAGGAGUAUACAUUGAUCCCCAACUCUUAGAAAAUGCUGGAGUAACAGAGUAUAAAAACAGCUUAAAUUUAGUCCACCAUCCUUCUCUACUGAGCUAUGCAGCUUGCUUUUUGCUACAGGAAAGCCCAGAAGAAAGGACAAUAGACAUGAGCUAUAUUCGGGGGAAGACGUGGAACCAGUAUUUGGACUAUUUAUUUUCAGAGGGUUUUCAGGGCCUGAAACUUUUCAUAAAAAGUAGCAUCCAUCGUUUUUCUAUAUCCUAAACAGAGAACUAGUCCACAAUGGUGAACAGUAAAAGAAUGUUGACAUAAACAAACUGAGCAUGCUGAACUAAAUUCCUCAUUGCUAGAGAGGCCAAGUAGCUCAGCGUGAGUUUCCAUACCCAUUUCCCAAGCCAACUGCCAUCUUUAAGAAGUACUUAGACUGACCUGUCCAUGGCUCAGGAGAGCCUUGGUGUGACUAACUUAUUUUUUAGCAUUCAGAGUUUUAGCUUACUAAUGAAAAAUAACCUCUUCACAUCUGCUUUCUAGUGGGAAUUUUUAUCUGCUAGGUUAGUAGAAGAGAACAAGUAAUAUAAAGCUACUCCGCUGACAUUGUUAUGCAGAAUACUCUGCAAUCUCUGAAAUCUUGGGAACAUUUUCUGUUUUUCUUAUGUGAACACCAGUGACAGCACCAAGUUACUUAUAAUAGGACACAACACAUUCCCAAGAAGCUGAUGAUUAUCUGGGUAUGCACUAGCAGUAAUGUAUGAGGGAAGGAAGUGGGGAGAGGAUGAUGAAUUUUCUGGUUUUAUUGGCUUUGUUUCCUGAAACCACUAUGUUAUUUGAGUGUAUAUGUGUAUGUAUGUAGUUAUAUACAUAUUCAGAUUUUAAAUAUCCAGACCUAAAUAAACUAAUGUCAGUUUUACCUUCAGGAGUAAUUCUGAAGAUUAAAAAAAUCCAUUACAGGGAGAUUAUUUUGUUGAAAAUUCUUUGUACACUUUGUUUAACCACUACUGAACAACUUCUAUUUAGUACAUUCACAUGUAACAACUACUAAACAACUUCCAUUUAAUACAUUCACAUUGAGAAUAACAUCUGAUUUUUCAAUGGAGACUAUGAAAGCCAGAAGGAACUGAACAGAUGUUCUAAAAGCUCCAAGAGACCAGAGAUGCCAGCACAGACUACUAUACCCUGCAAAACUAUCAAUCUCAAUCUCCAAAGAAACAUUCCACAAUAAAAACAAAUUAAAGCAA